UUCGGUUCCGGGUUUUCCGGCGGCGCGGGUGGCAGUGUCCUGUAGGGUUGUGUUAGACGGCGAGGGUGAAUCUGCCCGGCCGGUAUCAGAGGCUGAGUAAAGACGGAGCCCUGUAACAUGUCCUUAGCAGGCGCGGCGCGUGCGGUGCCCGUUCAGCGUCCUGGCGGCUUCCCGCGCCCUUUCCUGGCCGUGCCUCGCCGCGGGGUCGGUGAGCAGUGCCCGUCUCUCGGCUGCCCUUCGGGAGCGUGAGCGUCCCGCGAGUCCUGGCCCCGCUGCUGGGGUGGUGCUCGCCACACCUGCACUCACGUCGGUUAAGAUGGGUGAUGCGUCGCCAGAUAGAUGGCGUGUUGGGGAGAGAUGCCUUGCGCCUUGUCCUGAAAAUGGAAAGUUUUCUGAAGGAAUAAUAUCAUCAAUUGAAAAGGACAAGAACGGAAAAUCAUUUGCUAUUGUAUCAUUCUUGGAAUCUGAAGAUAAGAAAAUACUGAUAUCUGAGCUCUGUAGAGUUGAAGCUGGUAGAUGUUCCUGGAAGAGUGUGAUAUUUGAUGACAGUGACCUGGAAAAGCCUUAUUUUCCUGGCCAAAAUCUUCCAUCUUCAACAGCUGCUUUUAAGUUAUCUGAUGACGGUGAUUUUAUCCCAUACACAAUUAAUAGAUACCUUCGUGAUUAUCAAAGGGAAGGAGCCCAGUUUCUCUAUUGGCACUAUGCUAAUAAAAGGGGAUGCAUUCUCGGAGAUGAUAUGGGCCUUGGAAAGACAGUACAGGUCAUUUCAUUUUUGGCUGCAGUGUUACACAAAAAAGGAACACGUGAAGAUAUUGAAAACAAUAUGCCAAAAUUUUUACAGAGGACAGUGAAAAAAGAAUCAAAAUGUAACCCUAACAAGGUACAGCUUUUUACUGAUAAAAUUUCAAGAAUUUUGGUAAAAAGCAAUCCUUGUUUUGUUGUUUGUUUGCUAGCUUUUGGAGUUAACAUAUAUUAAUUUUCAGUGUUUGGU